AUGGACGAAGUCUCGAUCGGACUCGGGAUGGAGCACGAGAACGCGUCGUUCCUUCAUGUCUCAGAGUCUGCUACUGCUACUGCGGCUACGGAAGCUGCAGUAGCAGAGCCAGUGCCGCCGCACGUCGUGUCCGUUCCAGCGCCAGGUCCUGCCGACCCGUUGCAGCCAAUGGCUCCUCCGUCCGCUAUGCCACUGCAGUUGCCUGCAGCAGGCGCAGAUGACGACCAACUGCGCGUAUCGUAUCGCUGCAAAGCCACCAAGUGCUUCCGCUUGCAGUGGGAGUCCGAAAUAAACCCGCGAUGCCGUCGCCAAACGACGAUCGUGAUCAAGAACGACGUCUACAUCUUUGACGGCUUUUAUUUAUUGUGCCACGGUGACCCGCCGGAAGUCCCGAGGUUCGAAUACACGCGUGGAGGCGUUAUGUGCACGAUCCGAUUCGUACUGGAAGAUCUGCCGUCGUCGGUGCGCGGCGGAACGAGCAACAGUGGGGACGCUGACUUGAGCCGAGAAGCGCAUCGAUCUUUCUGUGACUCGCUGUUUCUCCUUCAGCGAUACGUGUUCCAGCAAUUGCUGGGCAUCCAACCAGGGCAUUUGUUUCGUAGUGUGUUUUCAGACCCUGAUCAUGCGACGGGUGACUUGUCUGAGAUCUGUGGUGACUACCAUUUGGUGCCGCGGUUUAUUGCGGUGAACGAAGAGCCUUUGCUUCGUAUUGAAGACUUGCACUCGCCCAACCGCGUGGGUCAUGCUGUGGGACGAUUGCUAUCGGUGCAGAAAAUAUUGGAAUACCUCGACAACAGUGCGAGGUUCACCGUGCGCGACUUCCUCGUGCAGUUCGAUCACCGAGAAUUGGUCGACUGCAUUGUCUCCACGCGCAUCAACGGCCAGCCGAGCGCUUUUCGUGUGGAUGAACUUGUUCUGGCAGAGAAGAAAAAAGAGUGUAAGGAUAGCAAGCCCGUUGCUGAAGUGCCUGAGGUCGUGACAAAAGAUAGACGGCAUUUCGUGCGCGCGAUUGCUCACCGCAGUCAGGGUGCACGCAACUACGAUGGCGCCAAGUCAACAAAGAAGACCCGCAAGUGGCGCGAAAAAGGAGAAUUUCUGCAGCUGUCGCCUGAGGUUGAGCCGCUUUUCGAAGAGCUGCCCCUUGCGAAAUGUCACCUCACGGGUAUCCGCACUGAUCUAUUCGAGGUCGGCAGCGCCAUGCCCAUGGUGUUGAAGUACGUGCGUCACUUCAAGCUGCUGACAAGUUUUGAGCGCGCGUACGCGAUACAGUUCAAAGACAAAGCGCUACUCCGCCAAGCUUUCACGCAUGGAUCGUACGUUGACGUCGGCAUGCAGAAUGUCAACACAGUUGAGGCCACUCAAUCACGCGUCCGUCUUGGACACGUGUUUGAGAAUACUGCCUCACUCAAAAGGUCGCGCAGUGCAAUGCUGGACGGAAACGUGCCCGCGUCGGGGAAAACACCAGAGAAUAGUGCGUCUAUGUUGAGGCAGGUGGCGGAGAAGCAUUUGUCAGGGGAUUACAAGGAGGAAUUUCACUCCCGGUAUUUGUGCCCGUAUGAACGACUGGAGUUCCUAGGAGACGCUGUUCUUGGUUUCCUCGUAGCAUCAUCUGCGUUUCUGAAGCUGCCGGAUGCUGACGAAGGAUUCCUCCAUCAAACUCGCGUCGACAUUGUAAACAACACCAACCUCGGCAAGAUGGCAGAAACGGCCAACCUUGAAUCGCUGCUGUUGAGCGCAUUCGACUUGACAAAGCUGGACAAGGAGGUCAAGGCAAAAAUCGUGGCGGACUGCUUCGAAGCGCUGCUUGGUGCGCUCUACAAGGACCAGGGGAUUGUGGCAUGCCGUGCGUUCCUGGGCAAACUAUUGGAUCUGCACGACCCCGAGUUACGCGAGCUGUGUUACCUUUCCACAGAUGAACUGAUGCACGAGGCGAAGGCGUAUGUCGAGAAAGACCGGGCUGCUAUCAAGAAGUGGAGCAAGUUCACGCAUACGCGGCUGCUGCAUCGUCGCUUCAGCCUCCAAACGGGGGUAGAAAUCGCCAACACGCAUCUGUGGCUGCAGGCCCUUACGCAUGGAUCGUUCCAGAAACCCCAAAUCGACGAGGACGAGUUCAUCGGGCACGAGCCCAGCUACGAGCGUAUCGAGUUUCUAGGCGACGCAGUGCUGCAAUUGCUGUCAUCCGAGUUCCUCGUUGAUGCUUUCCCGUACCACCAAGAACAUCUCCUCACGCAAGUGCGGUCUUCACUGGUCAAAAACACAAAGCUCGCGAUCGUUGCGCGUGAAGCCGGGUACGAGGAGUUCAUUCGGCUGGGAAACAUGGUCAAGAAGGAUGAAAACUUGUACGUUGAAGACGUGCUGGCCGAUGUGUUUGAGGCUUCGCUUGGUGCCGUGUACAUGGAAAACCCGGGCGACCUUGGCAAAGUCCGCUCGAUCCUCGAGCACCUGCUCUUUCCACGGCUCACGGAUGCCAUUCGGCGUCGCCAGUGGAUGAAUGCGCGCAAAGUCUUCCUGCACUACAUUACUCAGUGGGGUCGCUCCAGCUCGCGUCGCAUUUCGUGUCAGUUCAAGAACAUUGCAGUGCCCAGCACGGCCACGACAGCAGAAGUCUUGCGCCCCACGCACAAAGGCGACGGUACUGCAAACGGCAGCAGCCAGACUACAAAAGCGAAAGCGAUCGGGCCUCGCGGACAUGCCGUAGCUCUCUACGUGAACAAUUUCCAGGUGGCACGUGCGGUCGGACGCACAAUUGCUGCGGCGCAAGACGCGGCUUGCAAGAAGGCGUUGACGCUCUACGGCGUCAAGCUACAUGACGACUAG